UGCAUUAGUUAUAUCUUUUUUUCGCUUUAAUAAUUACUUCAAUUUUAUAAAAGAAAAAUAUUUGUAGUUAUUUAUUUAUUCAUGAUCUUGCAUAGUUCUUAUCUUCGUUCUUUACUUUCAUAUCUCAGCGAUGAAUAGUGCAUCCAUUGAUUCUAUUGAAGAAAACGGACAUGGGAGCGAUUCGGAUGCGAAUUCAGAGGACGGAUUGGAAUACUACCAGCCGAUUUCUGCGGUAGACGACGACGGAAGCUCAGACGGAGAGCACGGCGAGUUCCAGCAACUUCCGAACGGGUACAGUGUGCACGGUGGAGCGGAGAACGGGAUCUCGACGCUUGAUCUGAACGACGGCGUAGAACAGAAGAGCAGCGACGGGGAAGAAGAGGAGGAAAGGAGUGGAGAAGAAUUUGAAAACGAGAUUCGGAGAGCGUUGAGAGAAGAUGAGAACAGAAGGACUGCGCCGCUGACGACGGAGAACACGACGAGGGUGAUGGAGGCGAUGCGUGGCAUUUCAUUUGUCGGAGAGGUUCCUCAAUGGGCUUCACAAGUUCCGGAGGAUCGUUGGAUUGAUCAAAUUCGUAGACGCAGACAAUCAUCAAACACUUGAAGGAAAAAUUUGUUAUGCAAAUUCAUGUUUUUUUUUCUCUCUUCAUUUCAAUUAUGAAUUCGUCUUCUUUUUAACUUUGUAUUAUUCAUUUCAAAAUUAAUGUUAUUGAGAAGAUGCUUAAAGUGA